AAAGCUGAUUUUGUUGGUAUAGUGUUGGUGGCGCUUAGUCGUAGACUGGUAUAGUGGUUACUGUAGCUCACUCCGACCGUUCCAGAUCGGGGUUUGAGAGUCGGUAGUCACUAUAAUACCGAUACUUUGACAACUGUGACACGUGGCGAAGAAAGUCUUUUCGUUGUAAAAGACUUUCUGGAAUUUGGGAAUAGGAGGAAAUGGUGUGAGGACACUAAAUACUGCCGGAGGUGACAACAUUUAGCAUAUAUUUUUGAAAUUCGAAUUGGAACUUCAAAAACAAUGAGAAAACCUUUACAAAGUUUUUCCAGGACUAAUAUAAACAUGGAAUUAGUUCUCGUUUCUAUCCUGCUAUUUUUUGCAGUGCCAUCAUCAGCUCAAAGGGAUGCAGUUUUUGUAUUGUCUGAUAUAGUGACCAUUGAUGACAAUUUCCAAAAUGUAAGAACUGUUCAAGGAUUUUGUGACAAAAGAGGAAAACUUCAAAAUGAAACCGAUACGGCUACAGAGUUUACUCCAAGUACAUCACUUACUGCCAAUGUCAAUACGAUAUUUAGUCCGGGUGGACUUUUUGUGGAUGACUUUUCCAUCAUUCUUAUCUUUAAAAAAAAUCCGGGCGUUGACACGACACUGUUUUCAAUUUACUCCAAUGAAUUAAAUGAAUUGAUGAGUUUAAUGGUUGGACGAACAACAAGAUUUCUAUUCAAUGGCGACCACCCUAUUCAGCGACAAGAAGUUGCUUAUGAUUUGGGUGUUGACUCAAGUUCAGGCUGGACAAGGUUAGCACUGGGUAUCAAGAAGGAUGUAUUGACGGUGUAUCACAACUGUCAAGAAUUAGAACCAAUCAAUCUAAAAAACAGACCUCUAUCACUUCCACAAGAUGCCGUUAUUUUCUUGGGAUCUAAUCUGGAUGAUGAGACAUUAUUUGAGGGUUUAUUCCAACAAAUGCUUUUUGUCCGUGGUGCCUCGGCUGCUGAAGCUCUGUGCACAAAGUUUGCCCCUAACUGUGGUGAGCAAAUCACCACUGAAACCGAAGUUGUCGGUCGCCCCAAGUCCGACUCCAGCAUCAUGUACCCAGAUGGUAUGGUCAUUGAUAAGUCUGGGGCUGCUAUCCAACUUCCUGUGAUUCCAGAGGGAGAAUUGGAAUACCUGCCUAUUGAAAAGUCUGGAAUGGGACCCGAUCUCCUCACGGACCAAGAAGGACAUGUGCUUUUGGAGUAUGAUAAAUCUACUGGAGUAUCCUACGCCUACAGAUAUGGACCACCAGGACCUCCAGGCCCCCGGGGACCCUCUGGACCUUCAGGACCCCCUGGAGAGCGGGGAUUUUCUGGACGCGACGGAGUUCCAGGAGCUUCUGGAAUCCAGGGAGCACCUGGCCAUGUCUUCAUCCUCCCACUCCCAACUGAAGGCAAAACUUCCAACCAGGCUGCAGCUUUCAGGACCAUGUUGGAACAACAUAUGAUGGCAAUGUCAGGAGCCCGAGGCCCCCUCGGUAUGACUGGUCUUCCUGGUGCUGUGGGCCCACCGGGAGUGGAUGGUUCCAAGGGAGACUCUGGAAACCCAGGAGAGCAGGGACUGACAGGACCAAGAGGUUUAACUGGACCAAGGGGAAAGUCAGGGAAGAAGGGACGUGAAGGUGCUGAGGGAGAACGUGGCAACAUGGGACCUCCAGGAGACAAGGGUGAAGUUGGAUUCCCUGGAAUUAUGGGUAUGCCAGGAAGUAAGGGAGAGAGGGGAGCAAAUGGAGCACCAGGUCAGUCUGGACCAAUAGGACCAGAGGGCAAACAGGGUGACCCCGGAGAGUUUGGACCUAUCGGAGCACCAGGAGAGAUGGGACCACGUGGCUUCUUGGGACCUCGUGGAAGAACAGGAAGCAUGGGACCACCUGGAAUCCCAGGAACUGAGGGACCUACAGGACCAAAAGGAAACCAGGGAGGAAAUGGAGCCCCUGGAGCCCCCGGCCAGUCUGGAGCACCAGGACAAACUGGACCUCCAGGCCCUCCUGGAGCUAUCGGCCCUCGGGGAAUUCCUGGCCCACAGGGCAAGCCAGGUCUUCCGGGAAUGCCUGGACCCAUUGGAACCCCAGGUGUUCCAGGACGCCCAGGAGACCCAGGAACUAAGGGCGACACUGGUCCACAAGGUAUGCAAGGUAUUGUUGGUUACCCAGGAACAAGAGGACUGAAGGGUGAUAUAGGACCAUCUGGAGCUUUGGGAGAAAAGGGAGAUAAGGGAUUUCAUGGUAUGCAAGGAAUUAAAGGAAGCGGAGGUCCAAAAGGAGAUCGUGGAUAUGAUGGAGUCGCAGGACCAAUGGGUAUUGAGGGCAUCCCAGGACCUAAAGGUAAUGCUGGAGCAGUGGGAAAUUCUGGCCCUCAGGGCCCAACAGGAGAAAAGGGCCAGAUGGGUAUGCCCGGUAUGCCAGGAUUCACUGGACCACAGGGUCCUAAGGGUGAUCCUGGCAGACCAGGACGUCGUGGACGACGUGGAGCUAGGGGCAAGAUGGGUUUGAAUGGACAAAGUGGUGACCGUGGAGAGAGGGGAAUGAGAGGCCCCCCUGGUGAGAGAGGAAAGGAGGGUCCGAUUGGGCCAAUUGGUGUCAAGGGAGAGAGUGGCCCACCUGGGCCACCAGGUUUCCAGGGAGAGCAGGGUCUACAGGGAGCUCCAGGAGGAGUUGGACUUAUGGGUCCCAUGGGACCUCCAGGUCUGCCAGGAAAAGAUGGACUCUCAGGGUUACCAGGAGAGCGUGGAGAAACUGGACUGCCAGGAAUUCCAGGCCAACCAGGACAGAUGGGAGUCAUGGGACCACCGGGCCACUCAGGAGAGGCUGGAGCUCAGGGAGACCCGGGACCACCAGGAAAUCCUGGAGUACCCGGAGACGUUGGACUGCCAGGAGCAUCUGGUGAAAGGGGCAUUCCAGGUCUUCCCGGCCCAUCUGGAAACGAUGGUGUGAUGGGACCACCAGGCCCCAUGGGAUUCGACGGUGAGAGAGGAUUCCCUGGACCUCCUGGCAAGGAUGGAAACAGAGGGGAACCUGGAAUGGAUGGACAGCAGGGACCUAUGGGUAUGAAGGGAGAUGUUGGAGAGCCAGGAAACUCUGGCCCACAGGGUCUCUCGGGACCCCCAGGACCGUCCGGACCGGAAGGUUUGAGAGGACAAAAGGGUGACACUGGUCUAGAGGGACCAGGAGGACUUCAGGGCAACAUGGGACAACAGGGACCAAGGGGCUAUGAUGGACCACCGGGACCAGCAGGAUCUCCAGGAGAAGAUGGAGAUAAGGGUGAUAAUGGACCCCCAGGACCUAAGGGAUCAAAGGGAGAACACGGUGAAAUGGGACCUCCUGGACCAUCUGGACCCCUAGGAUCACAGGGACCAAAUGGACCACCUGGUCCUCCAGGUGAGCCAGGCAUUCAGGGAAUCCAAGGAGUAGCUGGAAGUAAGGGAUCCGAGGGACCACGCGGCUUGCCAGGGGCCACCGGGCCUGUUGGUUUACAGGGACUACCAGGGACCAUAGGUGUAAAGGGAGAGUCUGGAGAUCGCGGGGCAGUUGGAGGACCCGGAGCACCAGGCCCUCAGGGACCCCCAGGGCCACCAGGAUCAACAGGUUUACCAGGAAACACAGGACCAACUGGACCAGAGGGCAGGCAAGGACAAAAGGGAGAGAUGGGAACGACUGGAGAGCCAGGCACACCCGGCCAGGACGGCACUGUGGGACCACCAGGACCUCAGGGACCUAAGGGAUUAGAUGGGCGAUCAGGCCUCCAGGGACCACCAGGGCCAAGGGGCCCUGCAGGACUCAUUGGCCCCAAAGGACAUAAUGGUAUGUCAGGAGAGGAAGGACUCCCGGGCCCUACAGGAGAGCCAGGAUUGAAGGGUGAGCCAGGAAAGGAUGGACCAGAGGGACAGCGGGGAUCACCAGGACCAGUGGGUCUGCCAGGAGUACAGGGAGAGGCAGGUUUACCAGGAAGGGCAGGAAAGACGGGAGAACAAGGAAACCCUGGUGCUCAGGGAGUGCAGGGAGAAAUGGGCAAAAAGGGAGAUCGGGGUCUGUUUGGUACCGCUGGCCCCCGCGGCCCUGCAGGACCAACAGGUUCACCAGGACCAUCUGGCGUACAGGGACCACGUGGAUCCCCAGGCCCAGUGGGAGAAGCUGGAUCUAUGGGACCCCCAGGAAUGCCCGGUGAGAUGGGACUUUUGGGACCACCUGGUCCACCAGGGCCAAAGGGAGAGCAGGGUGACCGCGGCAUCAAGGGUCACCCAGGAAGAGUGGGACCCCCAGGAGUGGUUGGAGACCCCGGACCAAAGGGAGAACCAGGCCCAGUCGGACCCCCAGGACUCAAAGGAGACAGAGGAGAGAGGGGCUACCCUGGUGAUGCUGGAUUCCAGGGACCAGAUGGAGCUCCAGGACUUCCAGGACAAAUUGGACCAUCCGGACCAAAAGGAGAACCAGGAUUCCCAGGAGCCAAGGGAGAGUCUGGACACAGGGGAGCCCCAGGACCAGUGGGUGCCCCGGGAGAGGCACAGGCUUUCCCAUCAGAACUUCUCGGAACUCCAUUGACAAAAGCAGGUACCGGAUUUAGGAAGAGGAGAGCAGCACAAGGUUUCAAUGAAAAGUUUACUGAAAUGUUGGCCGAUAUGUCCAAGAAUGAAUACGAAUUAAAGGAAGGAGUCACGAUCGUGGUGGAACAGAUGUUUAGUCACGUUGAUCAGAUCAAGGAGGAGAUGGAACGUAUGAUUUAUCCAACUGGAAAAGAAGGAAACCCAGCCUCCACCUGCCGUGACAUACUUCUGGGACAUCCAGACACCCAAGAUGGUUGGUAUUACAUUGACCCUAACCAGGGAGCCCCAGACGAUGCUCUCCGCGUUUUCUGUAAUAUGACUGCCGGAGGAGAAUCAUGCUUCUACCCAUCAGAUACCACUAAGACGUCUGAUCUUAAAUUCUGGAAGAAAGGAAAGUCUAAAGGAAACAAGUUAUUCAGUGAAUUGAAGGAUGGCUAUGAGUUUGAGUACACAAUUGGUCAUCAACAGAAGAUGUUGGCUCUGUACAGUUCAACAGCUCAUCAGAAAUUCACAUACUUCUGUCAGAACGCCGUGGCCUGGUUCAGUGAGGAGAGAAAUAACUACAACAGCGCCGUCGUCUUUAUGGGUAGUGACAAUAAACGUAUAAACACAGAGAAUCUCGCUCCAGAGAAUGUCGUCGAUGGCUGCCGUAACAAGCCUGCUAGUGGCAGCACAGUGUUUGUCGUUGACACAAAGACGGUAGAGGACUUACCAAUUGUAGACUUUACCCCUAAGGACUACGGGGAUGCAGAUCAAGGCUUUGGUUACAAGAUGGGGCCAGUAUGCUUCCGACAUGUAUAAGGACACUACAUUCUGGGAAACCACAACAUUUCCAUUAAAACUAUUUCACUAGUCUUUCUUAUGUACUAUGACAUUAAGGUUAAGAAUUUUGUAACAGCAGACUCUAUGACAUAAACUUUAAGAAAAAAAAUGUUCCAGCAGAAAAAAAAUAUAUUUGUAUGUCCUAUGACCUGAAGUCAAGGUCAUAUCUCAUGUUGACCUUCCUGGAGGUCAAUCGUACCAUUUUAUACAUAAUACAUGUUUCUUCCUCAGAAUUUCACUUUUCAUAUUAUAUAUCUCUUACUAGUUGACUAUCAUACAAUGUAUUAGAAUAAUAAAUAAUAUUUAGACUUUUUAUACAUUUUUUUUAAUAAAGAGAUUUCAUUUUUGCUCAAAGAUACAUUGUAAUCUUUUAUCAAUCAUGACAUAUACUGUCUGUACCGUCAGCCAUCGUGGGUUCAACUAACUCUGUUGAAAGCUGCAUCCUUGACACAUAGAUGCAACAAAUCAAAAAGAAAUGUGAUUCUCUGGGUCAUCACCUUUACCAUGUUACAAAACUUUCGGGUAACAAGGCAGCAAUGUAACCAUGGACUAACAGGAGUUGUGCCAAGCUUUCAGAAUUACAUACAUGUUUAUCUACAUUGUAGCAAUAUUACACCUCUACCUUUGGAUGUUAAAACAUCUGAACAACUUUUGUUGUAAAGCUUGCAUUCAACAUGUUGUAACAUGGAUUGGGGGUUGAUCAAUAUAUGUUCAUACAUAUAGCCAAGAAAUGGACACUAUGUCAAUAUAAUCUGAUGUUCUGUGGACGACUGGCCAGCUAACCGUUAGACAUUGGUCAAAAAUAAAUUCAUACAUAUAGCCAACAAAUGGACACUAUGUCAAUAUCAUGUGAUGUUCUAUGGACGACUGGCCAGCUAGCCACUAGACGUUGGUCAAGAUUAGAUGUCCGUAUGACAGGGCCGAUAGAGUAUGCAGGGUCAGUUGUUCUAACGAUGGCUGACUAUUUGUGAGGUGUUGAAUACCCACAGAAAGACAAGCUUUGCCAGCACUGUCUGUGAUCUAUCUACAGGAAGUAUCGGCCCCGGUACAUUCAUGUGAAGUAUCUGCCACCUCCCUAUUUUACCUUUUAUGUCGGCGACAAAUAUGUCCGUUAUCAUUCAUUAUCUCUCACUGAAUCACUAGCUCACUCACACAAACAAACUGUAACUAGACCUUCUGCUGAAUAAAACAAUUUCUUAUAAUAUCA